UUAUGAAACAAAAUCGAAAUCUUCGUGAAUUUCAUCGUAUAAUUAUAUCAAUUAUAAUUAUUUACAGUUUUGAUUUAAUUCGAUUUGGAACGAAUGUAAUUUACGCUGGCAAGGAUUUCGUCAAGUUUAUCGAUGGUAGCAUAUUCACACCAUAUUUUAUUUAUGAACAACCCAAAAAUAUUCGAGCUUUUCAUUUUUGUAUCUAUUUGAUGGUCACUGUUGGAACAUUCAUCGCUUUUUAUUGGUUGAAGAUAUUUUCAAAUGGUGAACGUACUGAACAUAUGCUUCGUCCGUUGAUGCGUUCCAAUCGGAAGUAUAGAAUUUUUUUUACAAAAAAGAAAUCUACAAGAACUUAUCGAGUUGAAGAUGUUGAGUCAAUGCGGUCAUUCUGUCGUCAAGCUAAUUUAGUCUAUAUCAUUAAUUCAUGGUUUCGUUUGGAAUAUAAAAAACUUUCACUUCGUUAUCAGCCCACACGAUUGAGAAAUAAUAAAAAAAGAUUGAAUAUUAAUUUUAUGACAACAUUCAUACAAAAAUUAACUCAAAUAAAUCAUGAAGUUGUUGAUCUUUCGAACGAAAUGUCAAUGAUGUCAUUCGUUGUUUAUGGAUUUUAUUUAUUCGCAUUGGAUGUGGAACUAUUUUUACUGAUUGACCGGCGAAGUCAGUUAUUUUUUCGUCUGGUUUUAUUGAAUGUAUUCGCUGUGACGAUUUUUUUUGCUGUAAUGAUAUUCACAACAUUGGCCAAUUUGAAUCAAUAUUCACGACAAAUGAUACCGAUCGUUCGUUAUUAUCUUCAUAAUUAUGGUGAAAAAGUAACGUUUAAACCUAAUCUUUUAGAUGAAUAUCGAUUAAUUGAAUUAGAUCAUCAAUUCAAUGAUGAUUUAAUUGGCCAUGAUUGUGCACGGAUUGUUCUUGCUAUGAUAAAAUCUCGGUGA